AUGCCAAUAGUUUUCAAUCAGGAAGCUAUCAAUGGGAUUAUCUUCACUCUUCAUUUCCAAAAGGACACCCCAAGCAUUGCUCAUCAGAAACUGAUGGAAAUGGCAGGAGAGGAAGUGAUGAAUCUCGAUCAAGUCAUCGAGUUUUUCAAGAAGAUUGAUAACGGAGAAUUCUGCUUGGAGGAGGAAGUCGAGUCACUGACUUUAUUGGGUCAGGUUCUUAAUAUUCCAAACUUUGUUGGAAAGUAUUUGGAUAUUGAUUCGAGAAUAUACUCAAUUUCUGCCCUCGAAGUCUGGUAUUCAAGAAGAACAAGACUCCGCCUCCGUAAGACCUGCAAAACCAUUCGGAAAAUCAUCAAUGAAAUGCCGCUACACAUAGAGUGCCUCCAAUACAAAUGCAAUGGAAACACUAUUGAGAUAUCUACAAAUGAAGACAUGAAGAUCAUUUACGUAAUCAUGGAAGAACAUGGAUUGGUAGUGACUAAUGGAAAUAGAUGGAAAUUCAUCCAUGCGGAAAACAAUGAAAAGCAGAUUAAGAUAAUUCAGCGGGACUUGAUGACGAUUCUUUGUAGUCAGAAGCUGAAAAUUGACACUUUGAGAAUCGAGAACGAUCAGAUAUCUGUUUUUGAUAUAAGAGGUUAUGAUGACAGCACUCAGAUUGGGAAGAGAGCACUAUGGAGAACUUUGAACCAAGUGCUCGGCAAACUACAGGUCAGAAAGUUGGAGUACUUUGUUGAAGAAGUGGAUGAUUUGUUGAUAGAAACAUUGGAAAAGAUAGAUCCGGAGCAUCUCAAAUUCCUUCAACUCAGAAUCAAUCGAUAUGUCCGUAUUCGGGCCGAAGAUUGGGAAUACUUGUAUAAUCUGGAACAAUGGAAACGUUUGACAACGUUAACUAUUCGUUUUCCGCAACUCAGUGCAUCGGACAUUCUCAGCUUCUACACUCAUUUUGAGAAUGCUCUUUUGGAAAUCCCCGAUUUUUUCAAGCGCGAAGAUGCAAUUUCGAAGCCCGAUGUAGUCUUGCAGAUAAAACAGAAACUCCUUGAAAACCCAAAUCUGGAACAGUUCAUAAUUUGUGCAUCGGAAGAUAUGAGCGAUUCAGAUUUCGAUGAUAUAAACGCAAGUCUCCAACAAUACAACAUCAACAAUGCUCCGUAUCCGUGCUGGAUUAGUAUUCCAGAUCCGGAUUCUGAUAAGAAAUUGGAAUUGUUGGUGAAGAAGAAGAUUAUAUGGUUCAAAGGACCGUGUUAUGUAAAGGGAGAGUGGGAAGAAGGUAGUAGUGAUGAGGAUGAUGAGGAGGACGAAGAUGAAGAAGAUGAAGGUGAGAGUAUGGAGAAUAUGACCAUGUCGAUCGUUUUCAACAAUGAUGAAGUUGAGGUGAAACCGGAAGCGACGCUAGCACAGAUUUUUAAUGUACCAGAUUUUGUUGGGAAGUAUUUGGAUAUUGACACGAGAUUUUGCCUCCGUGCAACCUGCACCACCAUCCGGGAAAUCAUCAAUGAGAAGCCGCUGCACAUUGAUCAUCUCAACUACAAUAGCAAUGGAAAUGCUAUUCUGAUUUCUACAAAUGGAACCUUGAAAGUCUCUUACCAAAUCAUUGAAGAAGGAUUGAGAGUGAGAUACUGGGAUCGAAUGAGGCUGAUUAAUGCAAUAAGCAAGGAAGAGAAAGUUGAAAUAAUUCAAAGGGAUCUGAAGUCGAUUCUUGGUAGUGAGAAGCUGAGAAUUGGCACUUUUGAAAUCGAAAACAAUCACAUAUCUGGUGUAUAUGAUGAGAAGCCACCUAUUGGACUGAGAGCACUACGGAACACUAUGAGCCAAGUGCCCAACAAACUGAAGAUCAGCAAUUUGGUGUACUGGGCUGUAGAGUUGGAUGAAGUUUUUAUAGUAACAUUGAAGAGGAUUGACCCGGAGCAUUUCAAAUGCCUUAAACUUACGGUCGCACCUUUUUUUAAUAAUUGCACCCCAAUUUGGAAAGAUUUGUAUGAUCUGGAAGAAUGGAAACGCUUGAAAUCGUUGAAAGUUUAUAAUUGGCAACUGACUUUAUCGGACAUUCUCAGAUUCUUCACUCAUGUAGAGAAUGCUCAUUUUGAAAUUGCCACUUUUUACAAUACCUCGGAUUCCACGACUCUACAAAAUUUUGUAAUGGAGCUUAAAGAUAAACUCCUUGAAAACUCCAAUCUGAAACAGUUCAAAAUUCGUGCAGACAAAAAGAUGUUGGAUUCUGAUUUUGAAGAUAUAAGAGCAAGCCUCCAACAAUACAACACCACGUACCCGUGCUGGGUUACCAUUCCAUACCCGGAUUCUGAUAAGAAAUUGGAAUUGUUGCUGGAGAGGAAUAUGAUAAUGUUCAAGGGACCGUGUUAUGUGGAAGGAGAGGGAGGAGAAGAGUGUGAGGAUGUAGAAGAAGAAAAAGAAGAAGCCGCUGAGGAAGGAGAAGAUGAAGAUGAGGAGGUGCCUUGGAUCUGA